UGUAGGCGGAGGGAUACAAUCAUGAGAACCGUGGCUCAAAAGAUGUUAAGGACCGGUAACAAACUAUUCACAAGAAAAACCCCAAAUGAUGAUACAGAGGCUCACCCCUCCAACGUGGAAACGGCGGCCCAUAUGGAGAACGUCCAACACCUGCACAAUACGGAGGCCGCCAGGGAGUACGUGCGUCACGUGGAGGCGGUGGCCGAGCGGGCCCAUCACGGCGGCGGUUGGCUACUGUCUGGCAUCGUCUGCAUCAACAUUCUCAUCCUGGGCUGCGCUCUGGUCAGCAGCAGCGCCUUCAACAGCGUGGCCGUCACGGCCGUGCACAAGCAGAUUUUCCUCAUCGUGCUGCUGCUGGCCACCAUGCUGUGGAUGCUCUUCUACACAUUCUUCACCUUCCGCAAGAACAGAGCCGUGAUGACUGAGGACAGCCAUGCCGGUCCUGUGUGGCUACGAGGUGGUCUGGUGCUGUUCGGCCUGCUGAGUCUCCUCAUGGACGUCUUCAAGAUCGGCAACUACGUGGGCUACCUUCGCUGCGACUCUGCCGUCAAAGUGGCUUUCCCUGCCGUCCAAGCUGUCUUUUUGAUCGUUCAGACUUACUUCCUGUGGGUCCACACCAAGGACUGCGUGCAGCUCCAUACGAACGUCACGCGGUGUGGCCUCAUGCUCACCCUGUCCACGAACCUGGUGGUGUGGAUGUCUGCCGUUACCGAGGAGUCUCUCCACCAGACGGACGCUCCCUACGUGAACAUGAGCGCUCCACACAGGAUGUACAGAGCCGGUUACGUCACCAAGUGCAACUGCAGCCACUCGGCGUGCAUCACCUUCGAGGAGGCCUUCUACUACCUGUACCCAUUCAACAUCGAGUACAGCCUCUUCGCCUCCGCCAUGGCCUACGUCAUGUGGAAGAACGUGGGCCGCCUGGUGGAGGACCACGGCCACCGCCACGUCGGAUUCCGGCCCAAGGAGGCACGCCUGGGCCCGGUGGUGGGCCUGCUCUUGGUGGUAGUGGGGCUGGUGACGUUCAUCGUCUACGAAGUGGAGAUGGCCCAGGAAGACCGGGGCGAGCAGUCGCAUGCCCUCCUCAUCCAUUUCGUCAUGAACUUAGUCAUCGUAAGCCUCAUGUGCGUCUUCACCGUCGUGGGCUGCGUGGUGUACCGGCUGGACCAGCGGGAGCACGUCUCUGAGAAGAACCCCACCCGCAGCCUGGACGUGCAGCUCCUGGUGGGGGCCUCCAUGGGGCAGUUCAUCAUCAGCUACUUCAGCAUUGUCGCCACGGCGGCCGACGGGGCCCGAGGCUACCUGAACGCCCUCAACCUGGCGUGGGGGGUCGUGAUGGUGGUGCAGCUGGGCCUGCAGAACUACUUCAUCAUCGAGGGGCUGCACCGGGAGCCCUUCCACUCCAUGCAAGAGGCGGCCCUGCACAGCAACGCGCACGCCUCGCAGGAACACUCGGAGGUGAGCGUGGUCACGGGGGUCCGCGAGUCCAGCUGCCCGUUGACGUCCGUCACGCGGCUCAGCUGGAAAAGGAGAGUGCUGAAGGAAGUGUGCGCCUUUCUGCUGCUAGCUAACGUCAUUCUGUGGAUUAUGCCCGCCUUUGGUGCUCGCCCCCAGUUUGAUCACAGCGUGGAGAUCAAGUUCUACAAGUUCACUAUGUGGGCUGCUAUUGUCAAUAUAGGACUCCCUUUCGGGAUAUUCUACCGCAUGCACACGGUCGCCAGUCUUUUUGAGGUCUAUGUUAUAACAUAGGUUGGCCUCUUUCCGUUGCCAAUGGCUUCUUUUUUAAAAUAGGACAUUUUUAAUUUUGCCAAUGAACUAAGAACUCCUUAGAUCAUGUAAUAUGUGUAGUUUUACAUUUUUACUUGAUCAUUAAAAACUUUCCAAAGUUAUACUUUAAACAUU